ACGAACUCCAAGUUAAUUCAAAACAGAAAGUCCCUUAACAAAUGGAAAAAUUAAAAGCGCAAACACAUCAAAUGAACGGAAACAAUUGUCAUAUUCCUGACUUGGUACAGGCAUUUCCUGAUGUAAAAAAUGGUGUAUUAAACCUGGUUUUAUAUUGUGAUUGUUUUCAGGGUGUGUGUCGGGAAGUCAUAUGUCCAUCUUAUUACCAGUAUAAUAAGAAUAAUAAUUCAUGUGAAGCGAUAUUCAGUAAUAUGUCUAAUCAAAUCUAUGAAAUCUACUACAAAACAAUAAUAUCUGACAAUACUUGUAUCACUCAGUCCUGUUAUAAACAAUAUGCUUCAGUAGUAGAAUUUGCAAUAAAAGUAAGAAUACAGUCAGAUCUCCAAGGACUCAUUGAGUGUGAAAGAAGCACUACAGAAUGGUACAGUGAUGCAUCAGUUUUCUGGAUGCACAUUUGCACUGUUCAUAUGUUUAGAGUUUUUUUCAGUAUGAAAAUGAAACCGACUGUCAAACAAUCAAAACGAGUUAUAGUUGUCUACAGCCUCUAUGCAGCUAUUAUUCCGGGUCUGUUAGUAGCCUCUAAUAUAACGUAUUAUUUAGCAAGUGACCAAAACAAGCAAACAACUGGAUAUUUAGGAUACGGAGGAUACAAAUGUUAUAUUACAUUAACAAAUAUGGUACUGAUUACUUUUGCAAUUCCUAUUGGUAUUUUACUAGUCUCAAAUAUUGUUUUGUUUUGUUUAGUCAUUUACAAACUUGAAAAUCUUCCGGAAGUGAAUUCCAACAAUGGGAAAGGUAGAAAUAUGUUUAUCAUAUAUGCUAAAUUGACAUGCCUCACCGGGAUAACAUGGAUUUUUGGAUUUAUUUAUGAAUGGAUACGAAUAUCUGCAUUAUCAUAUACAUUUAUUCUGUUAAAUGCAUCUCAAGGAUUGUUCAUAUUCUUAUCUUUUUGUUGUAAUAAUAGAGUACGAUCGAUGAUUUGUUUUAAAUGUCGAGGUUCCGAUACACACGAAUCUUCAAAACAGUCGAGGUCAACUGCAGUAUCCCCAAAAUAAAAAAUAGAAAAUCAGGAUCGUAGUAUACAUGAUUUGAAAACAAACAACUGAUUAUGAUAUCGAAUCUAUUAAAACUCAUCAAAGAUACCAGGUUGAUAUGAGGACAAAGUUCUCAAUAACAGUAGGAAAAUCAAUAAACGAAAAAUCGGUAACUUUUUUAUCUAACCGUCGCAUGUCCAUGAUCCUGUUCUGUUCAUGACCGCUGCCAUGUUGAAAGUCUUACGAUUAGCCGCAAAUGUGUAUAUCUGAUCACCAGAAAUAUAAUGGCAAUACUAUGUGGACGAUUUUUCUGAAUUGAGUCUGUUUGUGUACGUUAUAAAAUGAAUCUAGUGCUUAUUUAAGGGUAUCCGAUACAGUUUCAAGGGAUUUAACUCUUGGCGCGACGUUAAGCGUUCGAAUUCCCGCAAAACGUCACUUUCUGCGGGACGUUAUGCGUGUAAUUUUCCCUAAUUAGAACGAUAUAUUGUACAAUCGAUGCACCAAUUUAUGUUUCUCAUGCAUGCUAACUUCUACACCAUUAAGAUUAGUGCAUUUGAUUCUAACAGGAUAAAAGUUUAAUAAAAUUAUUAGAAAUUAAACACAUUACUGUUU